CACGCUAUUAACACCUACAUCUCUUAGACUUUAAGAACUUUUGUUACUUCCUUCGAACUUUACAAAAUGCAAGUUUCCAAGAUCGCUUUGGCUAUUGCCUUUUAUUCCCUUAGUGUCGCCGCCUUUCCAAUCCGGGCCAAUUGUGGACCUACCACAAGCCGUGAGCUUCAAAAUGGAGUUACUAGUGGCACUGAAGUUGCGGUGAAACACGGUUUUAAACUUCAAGCCCGCGAGGAUAAGCUUUUUAAAUGCGGUAAAUUGUUACGAUCAAAAUAUCGGGUAACCUGUUCUUAUGGUAAAGUACAGUAA